AUGGCCGGCGGUGGCGACAGCGAGGAUCUCGUCCUCGAGGCCAACGACAUGAUGAACCCUGAUGCCCGAGGCCUCGAGCACGGCGCGGCCCGAGUUGCCCUUGACAAAGGUGUCGGGCUCGAGUACGCCGACGUAGACGUCGCUGAUGAAGUCGCGGUAGGCGAGGAUGCGCUGUACGCACGGCAGGUUACCGCUCAGGCGCUCCACGCACGGCUCCAUGGUCGUGUACAGAGCCAGCCGGCCCCUGGGCAGAUCCAGGCGCUGCAGCUGCCCGUCGUCUGGGAGCUCGGUGCUGGGCGGUUGCGCAUCUCCUGCUGA